CUGAAACAGCGAUCCCGCUAGAGCAGGAGUGCGCGUGAGGACGAGUCAGCGAGUACAGGUAUUGACUUUUGACGCGGGGACAAUGAUCUGACUCACCGCAAACAUGGGUCAACUUGGAGAGGAGAAGCCGUCUUGCCGCAGCCUCCUGACCUACCACCGGGAGACGCUGGUCUCCAAACUCAGGAGUAUCCAGUGUGUUCUGGACAAUCUGCUCAGCUCAGAAUUCCUUUGUGAAGAAGAAGUUGAGGCCGUACAGCUCACAGACACCAAACCCAACCAGGUGCGUAAACUCCUGGAGCUGGUGCAGUGCAAGGGGGAGCAGGCCUGUGACUAUUUCAUCAACAUCAUUUACACAGUGGGAGAUGCCUACAUCGACCUGCAGCCAUGGCUCAAAGAAAUCAACUAUGUCCCCAGUAAAGAUGUGUCUGUUCUGAGAGUCGAGAAUACAGACCCCAUCAGCAGAUACAGCGGCAAACAGAGGAGAGAGAUUGGCCGUGACACCAGCUUCAUCAUGUCAUACGGUCAAAGGGAAGAAACUCGCCUGGAGGAGCUCUACACAGACACCCAAAUGGAACUAUUUAACGACACCAAUGAGAGCCUGGGGUUUUUAGAUGCUUUAGAUCAACUCCUCACCGACCACGCCGUCUUCAAUCCCGAAGGAGAAACCAUCUAUGUAGUCGGUGACGCUGGUGUGGGCAAAUCCAUUCUUCUCCAAAAGCUGCAAAACCUGUGGUCGAAGAAGGAGCUAGUUACAGAUGCCAUUUUCUUGUUUAAGUUUCGAUGUAGGAUGUUUAGCACUUUUAAAGACUCUGAACAGAUCUCCCUUAGAGACUUGUUGUUCAAAUACAACUGCUACCCCGAUGUUGACCCAGACAAUGAGGUGUUUGACUAUAUUAUACGGUUCCCUCAUAAAGUCCUCUUCACUUUUGAUGGAUAUGAUGAAAUUCAAGAUGAUCUGGACCGUUAUUCUGUUCCAGAAGUGGCCUCCCCAGAUGAAAGAGCCCACCCAUUGCAACUGCUUACAAGUUUACUCUCUGGCAGACUACUUCAAGGCUCCCAGAAGGUACUCACAGCAAGAACAGGUAUCGAAAUGCAACAGAAAGUAGUCAAAAAGAAAGUCAUUUUACGCGGAUUCUCGCCAUUGCACCUCAAAACCUACAUUCAACUUCAUUUUAAGGACCAAAACCAAAAAGAGCGUGUUGAAACCCAGUUAGACGCUAGCCCUCAUCUGUGCGGUCUUUGCUCCACGCCGCUCUUUUGCUGGAUUGUUUUCAAAAGCUUUACACAUCUGCACACCAUGCACGAUAGCUUUGAGCUACCAGAUUCUUGCGUAACACUGACGGACAUCUUUCUCCUUUUAUGCGAGAUGUUUCUGACCCGUUCAGCUCCGCCGCCUUCGUCCAUUCAAAGACGAAAUGUUCGUUGCGCAGCCGAAACUUUCAUAUCAGGGCUAAAACCACUUGCAGGAUUUGCCAAACUAGCUCUACAAGGGUUUGAUAAAGGCAGUUUCUAUUUUAGCCAGGAGGAGUUGAGGGCUUGUGGGUUAACCGAGGAAGAUGAGGCAUUGGGGUUUCUACGAUCUGUUAGUGAAUAUGAAAAUACAGAAAAUCCAGCAACUUUUGAGUUCCUGCAUUUGACUUUACAAUCUUUCCUUGCUGCGUUUGGACUAGUUUGCGAUAUAGAUGCGUCCCUAAACACUAUUUUAAAAUUCUUCGCAGAGUGUAGCAGGAAGAAAAAAUCAUCAUGCCUUCCUUGUGACUUUUUUCAUAAUCUUUCCCCAAAGCCAAAAGAUAUCAAAGGAUCCCCCACAAAUGACCAUCUACAGUUCACAAAUUUAUUCCUGUGCGGUUUGCUGUCAAAAUCAAAAACUAGCCUCAUGGAGCAACUUGUACCUCCAAAAAUGUUAAAGAAAAAGCAAGCUCUUCUCAAAUCCUACCUGUCAACUAGUGUUAAGUCUCAUAUUCACGGAUUACCUGUUCAUGAGACUGAUGAAGGGAAGAAAGUUCACGUUUUGCCCAACUUUUUGUGGAUGCUGAGGUGCAUAUAUGAGACAGGGAGUAAAGACAUAGCUAAAAUGACAGCCAAAGGUAUCACAGCUGGGUUUAUCAAGCUGGGGUAUUGUAACGUUUAUUCAGGAGACUGUACAGCUCUGAACUUUGUGUUGCAACAUCGACGCAAGCUGCUCGGUUUGGACAUGGACAAUAAUAACAUCAGUGACUAUGGGGUGAAGCAACUCCAACCGUCUCUGUCUAAGAUGACUAUAGUUAGAUUUUGUGUUAAUAAUCUAUCAGACAGCAGCAUUGAGGUGCUCGCAGAGGAGCUGUGCAAGCACAAACUUGUGGAAGUGUUGGGACUGUAUAACAAUAACAUAACUGAUGCUGGGGCAAAACGUGUGGCCAGAAUAAUUGAGGAAUGCCCCAAGCUGCGGACUGUUAAAGCUGGUAAAAACAAGAUCACACCAGUGGGGGCGAGAUAUUUGGCUGAUGCAAUAAAGAAAAGUACAUCCAUAUUUGAUGUGGGCAUGUGGGGAAACACUAUUGGAGAUGAAGGAGCCUUUGCCUUUGCUGAAGCUUUGAGACACCAUCCCAGUUUAACCAACCUUAGUCUGUCAGCCAAUUGCAUCUCUUCAGAGGGAGGAAAGAGUCUGGCCUCAGCUCUUAAAGACAACAGCACCCUCAGGAUCUUCUGGCUGGUGCAGAAUGAUUUAUCAGAUGACUGUGCCCCACACUUGGCUGAGCUGGUGCGUGCCAAUACUGGACUCAAACACCUCUGGUUAAUCAACAACAAGUUCACUGUGGAGGGGAUCCAAAAACUGGCAGAAGCACUUCCUGAAAAUGAACACCUUAAAGAAAUCUGUGUGAAGGGAAACCUACUGACUCCAGCAGAAGAGGAACAGUUUGCUGAGGAGAAAAGACUGCGAUUUCACUGAAAGGGAAUUGUCCUUUGCAGUUACCAUGACUACAUAGCCCCAACUGGGAACUGCAAGCUUCACUUUGCACCCAACUGUUCACUUGUACAUUUUCUGUAGAAACAUGCCAACUAUGAGGAAGUGAACUGAAAAUUGAUGACUUCCUCAAUAAUUAUGUUAAAAUGUGACUGUUACAAGUCUGGGGCAGUGGUUAGUAUCCCCAUAUGUUACAAUGGGUUGCAUCAUCCAAAUAUAUUAAUGUGAAUCAGGCCUGUCACGAUAAAACUGAAACUACUUUAUGACACUGUUAGAUUUAAAAUUAAGCAAGAUAAUCCCAUUUUAAAUAGACAGUAUCAUAAAAAGACAUAAGCUGCAACAAAUAUCUGAAUGAAUGAAUGAAUGAAUAUGAUAUAAUUAGCCAUAGAAGUAAUUUUUUAAACCCUCUACAGCCCAAAUAUUCUCAUAGUUCAACAAAAAUAAAAUAAAUCUUCCCACUAUUGCAAAGAAAUUAAACACACAAUAAAUAUUGAACCCCAAAAUAUAUUGUUUUAGACUUCAUAUAUUUAUUUAUUGAACGAUAUGUUGAUAUAGUAAUUAUUGUGACAGGCUUAAUGUCAGAUGUACUUAAUGCUGUAUGGGUCCACCUAUAGCUGUCAACACUGUGGUAUUCUUAGUGCAGUUUCAAAAGUGAGUUUUGAGUCCGGUUAGAGAUGUUUUUUUAACUCUCAGUUCCUUUUUUUUUUUUUGCUUUUUUGCACAUGUGCUAUGUUUGUGUUAGGAUUUUGAGUAUAAAAUAGAUUGAUGGAAAUGGCUCCUUUGAGAAAUACAAUGUUUUUGAGAUAACUGGCCCCCAUAUACAUCACUCCUGAGAUUUGAGAGAAUCUGGUGCUGCCAGAUUGGACUUCAGACUCCACUGAGAUUUAAUGUGUUUUCAUAUGUCAUGCCAAGUGUAUUUUGGGUCUAAAAAUGUAUUAGUUAUUUAUAUCACAGUUUUUUGUAUUCUUUACUGGGUUUACUCCUUUUUUUGGUAUUUUACACUUACUCCAUAUUUUUGAUGAAAAACUACUGUUAUAAGGUAAACCACAUAUCAUUAAGUGUGAUUGAUAUGGGAUACAUUGUGUGUCUUAUGUGGGUACAUGGAUGUAAACUAUUUAGAGGCAAAAAGUUCCUUCAGGAAAAGUCAUGCUAUUAGAGAGUGAUUCUGUUGUAUUAAUUGUCACUGUUACUCAGGCAAAGAUGUUGUGCUUUGGAACAAUGUCUGAAAGUAUAAUACAUUUUUGUAUUGCAA